GAGAGUUCGUCGGAUCGAGGCCAUCUGAUCGAAAUAAACUUUCACAUGAUCCGGCGUAACAGACGACGAUUAUGAAGCGAAUCCAAUGGAAAAUUUCGUUAGGAUUGCGUUAGAUUACAGCAGAAUUCUCCGAGGAGAUCCAGAGAAGCGGAGGCGGCGAAGAUCUAGAACGAGGAGGAGGAGGAGGAGGAGGAAUUCAGUUUUGGUGGGGUGGCUUUACCGCGGAGGCGCGGAGGGUAGGGGAGGGGUGCGCAGUGCGCACAAGGGAGCGAGAUUAUUGGGAGUCGUGUUCGCUUAUUCUAAGCUACGCGUUGUGUGGCAAGUGGAGGUGGAGACGUGGCGAGUGGACACAUUAAGUACACGCUAAUCGUGUGAUUACUUGGGUACGUGACGGUGCAAAAGUGCUAAUCAUUCGGCAAUAUUUUUCCUAAGGUAAUUACUUUAUUAGCAAUGUGCCUUAUCAACACUUCUUACUAAAUUUAACUCUAGCUA